AGCCCUAGAGAGAGUGCCCAUUGCGAUUUGCGAACCGAAGGCCGAGCGAAAUCAAGGGGAAACGAGACGCAGCGACGACAGCGGUGAGGUAGGCGGAAGGCGAUGGCGUCUGCCGCGGUGGAGAAAAAGCAACCGGCGGAGGUGGAGGGCGAGAUGUGCGCGCCAGCAGCGCGGGUGAGAGGAGUCGGCGGCGAGGGGUUGCGGCAGUACUACGUCCAGCACAUCCAUGAUCUCCAGCUCCAGAUCAGGCAGAAGGCGAACAACCUCCAGCGCCUCGAGGCCCAACGGAACGAUCUCAACUCUCGCGUCAGAAUGCUCCGAGAAGAGCUGCAGCUGCUUCAGGAGCCUGGUUCGUAUGUUGGAGAGGUGGUGAAAGUGAUGGGGAAAUCCAAGGUCCUAGUCAAGGUUCAUCCAGAAGGCAAAUAUGUUGUUGAUAUUGAUAAGAGUAUUGAUAUCACUAAGUUGACGCCAUCAACCAGAGUCGCACUUCGCAAUGACAGUUAUGUUCUUCAUCUUAUCCUACCCAGCAAAGUGGACCCUCUGGUCAAUCUAAUGAAAGUGGAAAAGGUUCCUGAUUCAACCUAUGACAUGAUUGGUGGUCUUGACCAGCAAAUCAAAGAGAUUAAGGAGGUUAUUGAGCUUCCAAUCAAGCAUCCGGAAUUGUUUGAAAGUCUUGGAAUUGCUCAACCAAAGGGAGUCCUGCUUUAUGGCCCACCUGGCACAGGGAAAACUCUGUUGGCGAGGGCUGUUGCUCAUCAUACGGAUUGCACCUUCAUUAGGGUUUCUGGUUCUGAGUUGGUUCAGAAAUACAUUGGAGAAGGCUCUCGAAUGGUUCGGGAAUUGUUUGUUAUGGCUAGGGAACAUGCUCCAUCAAUUAUAUUCAUGGAUGAAAUAGACAGUAUUGGAUCUACUAGAAUGGAGUCCGGUACUGGUAAUGGUGACAGUGAAGUGCAACGGACAAUGCUAGAGCUGCUUAACCAGCUUGAUGGGUUUGAGGCAUCAAACAAAAUUAAGGUUCUAAUGGCCACUAACCGGAUCGACAUCCUAGACCAAGCACUUCUCAGGCCUGGUAGGAUUGACAGAAAAAUCGAGUUCCCAAAUCCCAAUGAAGAGUCCCGCUUUGAUAUCCUGAAGAUUCAUUCAAGGAAGAUGAACUUGAUGCGUGGCAUAGAUCUUAAAAAGAUUGCGGAAAAGAUGAAUGGAGCAUCCGGAGCAGAACUUAAGGCAGUAUGCACGGAAGCUGGGAUGUUUGCGCUCAGAGAACGAAGAGUCCAUGUUACACAGGAGGACUUUGAGAUGGCAGUUGCUAAAGUCAUGAAGAAAGAGACCGAGAAGAACAUGUCCCUCCGAAAACUGUGGAAGUAGUAGAUCUUUGUUACUCGUCUUGUUGAUGUUUGAACUCUCAAAUUUGUUCAUCACCGGACCCACAGAGCAAUCUUUUAAAUUCUAUAAAGCCUGUAACUCCAUGCUAAUACGCCAAGGGUAAAAUACGUUGAACUACGUGAUGCUAAUCUACGAGGUUUUGUGGUUUUGGCCAA